AUGUUCCGUCUUCUUGGAAUAGUAUAUAAGAAGCUCCGUAAUCAUUCACUUUAUUCUAAUUAUUUUCUCGGUGAGGGAGAUAGAAUGGAAUCCGAAAAUAACAAGACCAAUGAUGGAUAUGAUCAGAGUUCUAGUGGAGUUAUGCUAAAGAAAGAUCCCAGAAUUUGUGAUUCGGCUAAGGUUCCGGCAGCUUUCAGUGAAGAGAAUGAAAUAAAUGAUAUUAUCAAAGGAAACGAAUAUCUGAAGGAGAACAUAACUUUGUUGAAAAUAUACUUACGUUGGCUGGGAGACCUAAUACUAUUAGCACAGAAAAAGAAAAGAAACAACUUUAAUGAAAUGUAUGCAGCAAUGCAGAUAGAACGGGACAAAGCGAAAGUUCAGCAAAAAGAAUUGGAAAAAUUACGAAAAUCAAAGCAGGAACUCCUUGAGAAACAAAAAUCGGAAUUUGAACUUAAAAAAACUGAGUGGGAGCAAAAACUUAUGGGUCAUGAAAAUCUUUAUAACAUAGUAAAACAAUGUUGUGAGUUGUUAUCUGACAUUAGUCAUAACAACAAAUUGGGAAUUGCUCGGCUGAUCAAACAUAAAAUCCAUAGUGAAAAACUACAAUGUAAGGUGAACAAGCUCAAACUAUCUGCAGAAGAAGCUAGACAGAAAUUAAUCCGUCAGGAACAGAUGUUUAAAGAGAAGUUGGAUGGAAUAAAAGAUGCACAUGAAAUGGCACUAAAUGAGCGUGACCGAAUAAUAUCCAUACUGACCAAACAACUGGAAUUUAUCUCUGCCAGAGUUCAAAGUGAGAACUUGACAACAGUAGUGCACACUGGAACUCAAACUGUCACCGAAUUCGAAACGUAUGGUUCACAGACUGAUGAUGAUAUGUCCGACGAUGAAAUAUAA